UCUAGCUGGGCAGAACAUCAUCUUCUGUCUAAAACCUCCCCCAAUAUUUCUUUCAUAUUUGUGCUUCUCGGGUCUCUGUAACACCCUCCUCAUCCUCCCUUAUUCCUUACUGGGAAUUUUCUCUUCUUAAUUUCUCUCAAACCAAACAAUCAAACAAACAAACAAACACUUCCUUCUAACUCUCUCCGGAAACCCAUUAUUUUCUCUUCCAGAAUAAUAAAACAGGACCCAUAUUUCCAUUUUGUGUUGAGAGCUUGAGAUUGAAAGAAGAUGUUUGGAGUCUGAGAUUCAGGGGGAUUGUGGUGAGCAGAGCAGAGCAGGGUGAAGUGAAGAUCAAGCUUCAGUCUUGGACACCCAUUUCUCUCUAACUCAAGGUGAAUAUUGGCAAUAAAUUGAAGCAUAAUCUGUGAAAUCAAGAUAUGACCAUUUUGCCCCUGAGCUUUAUCACAAUGUUCAAAACCCAUCACCUUGUUCUUGUUACCUUGUUGUUCUUGAACUGGUUUUCAAAUUUCCCGCCUUCACUUUCCACCACUGUUGAAGAGACUGAGGCACUAUUUGACUUCAAGAACCAGCUGCAAGACCCCUUAAAUGCAUUUGGUUCUUGGAAAGAAUCAGAAUCUCCAUGUAACUUCUUUGGAGUUCUUUGUGAUGAUAAUGGGAAUGUCAUUGCGAUCUCUGUGGUGGAUAAGAAUAUCACCGGAGAGAUUCCUCCAUCGAUACUGGUGUUCAAGAACCUUAGAAUCCUCAAACUUGAUGGAAAUCAUCUGUUUGGAGUCAUUCCAGAUCUUUCCAGCCUGAAAAGCUCCUUGAGGUUUCUCGAUUUGUCUUUGAACCGUUUCAGUGGUCCGUUCCCAAGUUGGGUGGGAAAUCUUACUGGCUUAACACUCCUCUCAAUGGGCCAAAACUAUUUCGAGGAAGGUGAAAUUCCUGAGAGUCUUGGGAACUUGAAGAACUUGACAUAUCUCUUUCUGGCAAAUUGCCAUCUGAGAGGAGAGAUCCCGGAUUUUAUAUUUGACAUGGAGUCCUUGGGGACACUAGAUUUAUCGAGAAACAACAUCUCCGGAGAAUUUCCAAAAGCCAUUGGUAGAUUGAAAAGGCUCACUAAAAUCGAGCUCUUCGUAAACAAGUUGACCGGGGAAAUACCUCCAGAGCUGGGAAGUCUUUCGCUUUUGACGGAUUUCGAUGUAUCCAACAAUCAAAUGUAUGGAAAAUUGCCUGAGGAAAUAGGAAGUUUGCAGUCCUUAAAGGUCUUCGAGAUAUCCAAUAACAACUUUUCUGGUGAAAUCCCUUCUGGGUUUGGCAUUAUGCGUCAUCUUGAUGGGUUCUCAAUUUAUAAAAACAGUUUUUCAGGGGAAUUUCCGGCAAACUUUGGUCGGUUUUCGCCUCUGAAUAGUUUUGACAUAUCAGAGAACAAAUUUUCUGGUCCUUUCCCAAAGUACUUAUGCACAGGAAGAAGGUUACAGUACUUACUGGCUCUGAGCAACAACUUUUCUGGGGAGUUACCGGAUUCUUACACCGAGUGUAAAUCAGUGGAGAGGUUAAGAAUCAGCAACAACCGCAUGUCGGGAGCAAUUCCGGACGGAGUUUGGGCACUGCCACUGGCCAAAAUAGUAGAUUUCAAAGAUAAUGAAUUUACUGGAGGGAUAUCACCUGAUAUUGGGUUAUCUGCCAAGUUGAAUCAGUUGUUUUUGCAGAACAAUCGGUUUUCGGGUAAGCUUCCAUCAGAACUUGGGAGUCUGAAGAACUUACAGGCGCUCUAUUUAAGUCAUAAUGACUUCUCAGGUGAAAUACCUUCUGAAUUUGGUUCUCUAAAGCAGUUGACCUCCCUGCAUUUGGAAGAAAAUUCAUUAACUGGUUCGAUGCCACCUGAACUUGGUGAUUGUGGGAGACUGGUGGAGCUGAAUCUUGCAUCGAAUUCUUUGACUGGGAAAAUCCCACGAACAAUUGUUCAAAUGAACUCUUUGAACUCUCUGAAUCUCUCAAGAAAUAAUCUUACCGGUUUGAUUCCACAAAAGUUAGAAACGUUGAAGCUUAGUUCCAUUGAUUUGUCUGAUAACCAGUUGUCAGGAAGGAUUCCUUCUGAGCUUUUGAGAAUGGGUGGAGAAAGCCCAUUUCUUGGUAAUAAAGAACUGUGCGUUGACCAAAAUUCCAAUGCCCAAACAAACUCUACGAUCGAUGUAUGCGUGGGGGAUCACAGUCAGAGAAGGGCAUACAAAGACAGGCUGGUUCUAUUCUCUAUCUUAGCAUCGGUCUUGGUUGUGGUCUUAGCCUGCUUGAUGCUUGUGAGUUACAAGAAUUUUAAACAUGGUGAAACUGAUAUGGAAAAUGAUGCGGAGGGGACAAAAGGGGUAGAUCCAAAAUGGAAACUUGCCUCUUUCCACCAAUUUGAAAUUGACGAGGACGAACUUUUUCACUUGGAAGACGACAAUUUGAUUGGAUGUGGCGGUACAGGGAAAGUUUAUCGCCUAGAGUUGAAGAAAAAUGGUGGUACCGUGGCUGUAAAGAAACUAUGGAAAGGGGAUAAGGUGAAAGUUCUGGUAUCUGAAAUGGAGAUUUUGGGGAAAAUCAGGCAUCGAAAUAUAUUGAAGCUCUAUGCUUGUUUACUAAAUGGAGGUUCAAGUUUUUUGGUGUUCGAGUACAUGGCAAAUGGUAAUCUGUUCCAAGCCCUUCGCAGACGAAUAAAAGGUGGGCAGCCAGAGUUGGAUUGGUAUCACAGGUAUAAAAUUGCUUUGGGAGCUGCUGAGGGAAUUUCAUAUCUUCACCAUGAUUGCUUACCAGCCAUCAUUCAUAGAGACAUAAAAUCGAGCAAUAUUUUGCUUGACGAGUAUUACGAGCCAAAAAUUGCUGAUUUUGGUGUUGCAAAGCUUGCAGAGAAGUCUCUUGGGGUGUCUGAUAAUACCUUCCUUGCUGGCACUCAUGGCUAUAUUGCUCCUGAACUGGCAUAUACUGUUAAAGUAACCGCAAAGAGUGAUGUGUAUAGCUUUGGUGUGGUUCUACUCGAACUGGUUACGGGCAGAAAACCCAUCGAAGAUGAGUACGGAGAAGGGAAAGAUAUUGUGUAUUGGGUUUUAACUCGUCUCAAUGACCGCAAAAACAUCAUUAAGGUUCUUGACAGUGCUGUGGUGUCUGAAUCCGUUGAAGACGACAUGAUUAAGGUCUUGAAGAUCGCCAUCCUUUGCACCACCAAGCUUCCGACGCUACGACCUUCCAUGAGAGAUGUUGUCAAGAUGCUUGUUGAUGCUGAUCCUUGCACUUUCAAGUCUCCGGACAACAGUUAUUCAAAAAACUGAGAAGGUUCUCAAAUUUUCUUGUCUGGUAUGUAUUUUCAUUACCAGUUGGCUUAUAUUUCUGUAUAAACUUUAUCAGCGAGUGUAGUUAUAUUCCAGGCAACUUGUUUGCAGAAUUUAGUGAUAUGUUGUAAUUUUGACUCUAGAGGCACCAAUCUUUGGUUGCUUUUCUGGUAGAUAUAAAUAAUUUGGUCGUCUUAUAGUCUAA